GUGUGAAUAAAACUAGGUGGGUGAGGGGGAAGACCCCACCCUAGUUCAGUGGCCCCUAGCUCUUCUUUAUUUUAAUUAAACAUGACAUACAUCGAAUAUACCCACCAAGAUACAAAGUCGCGAGGGUCUGUUAGUUCUGGAAACAUGCAGUUUCAUUAUUUAAAACUAAGACUCUCGUUUCGUUAGUAAUUACUAUAGAAACCAUGCACUGAAACAUUUUGGAACUACAAUUUUAUCAUGUAAAAAGAUAUUCUCAUCCCUUGUAUUAUAUAGGAACCUAAUCUUUUGAAUUCCACAGAAGCUGCGAUUAAAAUUGAGGAUUAUUUAUCCAUAUUUAUCUAUCACAGAAACAUUUAUUAUGUGAAAGUAUAGUAGUUAACAAAAUCGCAAGUUACCACAGAUGGAAGUAAAUUCAAGUGAACUAUGGUAUCAUUUCGAUUCCUUUUUUUAGAUGGAAAGUUGAUGUUCAAGCAGGUUCCGCUGCUUGAGGUAGAUGGCCAGUGCUUGAUCGGUGGUGAGGCCAUUCUCAGAUAUGCAUGUCGGGAGGGAAACUUUGAGGGAAAAACAAACGAAGACAAAACCAGAGUAGACAUGCUGUCGAUGGGGGCAAAAGACAUGGCAUUCCCAAACCUGAUGUCACCAACGUUUAUCGAGAUAAUGACAUCAAAGGAAGCCGCUGAUGAAGCACGUGAGAAGGGCGUCAAGGGGUCCAGAGAACGGUAUCUACCAGUCUUUGAAAAGCUUUUAGAUGAGAGUACAUCUGGCUUUCUAGUUGGGGAUUCGAUGACCAUGGCUGAUAUCAUGUUUUUUGAUGCUCUUUGCUAUCUUCAUGAAGAUCCAAAACUUAAACCAGAACUUGAGAACUUUCCUCGAUGCUCGGCCUUUAUUGACCAUUUCUCCCAGCAGCCUGGCAUCAAGGAAUACCUGGCCAGCCCUCGUCGAAAUCCACUGCCAUACCCAGAAUAUGCCAAACAUUGCUGUGAAGUACUCAACCUGACAGGAAAUUAAAAGUCCAAUGUUUGAAGUACACCGAAGUUGAUUGACCCUUAAAAGAUAUAAAAAUUCUUGAUAGAUGAGAGAUAAACAAUGUCAUAAGAUUUGCAUGCAAUUACAUGUACAUGUAUAUUGUUCUAGCAUGUAUGAUACUGAUGAUUAUCUAUAUAAUGACAAGUGUAUUAGUGAGGAGGCAUCAUUAUCAUUAUUGUCUUCUCCCUGAUCUUCCGCGGUUCGAUCCCCGGCCGCGGCAGCUAUGCCCGUGAGCAA